AAUCAGCUCCGGGCUGAGGGCGGCGCGUGUGGCCGGGCUGUGAAUGGGAAGCGGCGGCAGCGGCGGCGGGGAACUGAAAACUGGAAACUUACCAUGAUCAGUGAAAAUUUAAUGGGAAUAUAGUUUUCGUCCUCUUUGCGGUAUAUGAAAGGUACUCUCUGGCUUGCCGUCUUCAGUUGCUGGCUGGGUAGAAUGGAACAAUCUCGUGUUUGUUAUAGUGCUGCGAUGAAGGAUCCAGAUUUACGGAAAUACUAGCCAGCGUCAGUAAACUUGCUGUGUCUCAGCCUGUGUAGAAGGCAUUGGAUGUGACAAGGCAGAGAAACAUGUGCUUCACAUUUCUGACUGGUUGUUUUGGUGCAAUCAAUACUUCUACAAGAUACAUUGAUUUAGAUGGCGAUUAUAAUACAGUCAUGCAUACAGACUAUUGCCUUCGGGUUGCAUGUAAAGUGAGCACAAGCCACCAGGUCCUUGCCUCUCAUGAACAAGAGAAGCCAGUAUCCCCCAAACUUCAGUGUCGGAGCAACAGGAAUACAAGUUCCUACUUAACCAAAGAAAGCCCAGCCUCACAGUGGGCUGGGAGGAAUGAUGAUGAAAACGUGCAUUUGGAUCUGAAGGCAGUCAGGGAGGAUAUAAUGAUUGGAAGAGAAGUCGGAGGAGAGAUUAUGGCACGAAGGAAUAGUUGGAGAAAACAAAUGAUAAAGUUCAACCUAUGUUUCUUUUUCUUCUGUCGUGGAUGGUGGGCGUUUCUCUUGCUUCAACUCCACAUGUUUCAAGCAUUGGCACAAGGAGCUGGCUUCAGUUAUUUUACAUAUCACAAUGAUGUUGCACCAUAUUUCAAGACUGAACCAGGUUUACCUCAGAUUCAUCUGGAAGGAAAUCGCCUGGUACUCACUUGUCUUGCUGAAGGGAGUUGGCCUUUGGAAUUCAAAUGGAUAUGUAAUGACAAUGAGAUCACCACCUAUACCACCGAAUAUAAGUACAUUAUUCCAUCUUUAGAGAGGACUGAUGCUGGGUUUUACCAAUGUGUGGUACGCAACAGGAUGGGAGCACUCUUGCAAAGAAAAUCUGAAAUUCAAGUUGCAUAUAUGGGAAAUUUCAUGGAUUCAGACCAGAGAAAAGCUGUAUUUCAAGGACAUGCUGCAGUUCUAAACUUGCCUCACAUCAAAAGCUAUCCCAGACCACAAGUGACUUGGUUUAGAGAUGGGCACAAAAUUAUUCCAAGCAGCAGAAUAGCCAUAACCCUGGAGAAUCAGCUGGUGAUCUUGGCAACAAAAGCAAGUGAUUCCGGAGGUUAUUACGUCCAGGCUGUCAAUGAAAAAAAUGGAGAAAAUAAGACAAGCCCAUUCACUUAUUUGAGCAUAGAAAGUGAUAUUGACACACCUGCUAUCAUGGCUCCUGUCAUUGUCGUCCCUCCAGGCAAUACAAGCGUAGUGGCAGGAACCAGUGAAGUCACAUUGGAAUGCAUAGCCAAUGCAAGACCUAUUGAAGAACUGAGCAUGACUUGGAAAAGAAAUGGAGUUAAAAUUACUAAUGGACUCCACAGUUUGGGAAGACGACUUACUAUCACUAAUCCAACAUCCUCUGACAUUGGAAUGUAUAUCUGUGAGGCUGAAUUAAGAGGAACUGACUUUGAGCCAUCAAGAACAAAAGCCUUUCUUUCUAUCAUAGAGCCUCCCUAUUUUACUGCUGAACCUGAGAGUAGAAUUCUAGCCCAAGUAGAAAAAACUGUGGAUAUCUUGUGUCAAGCAAUGGGAGUCCCAGUCCCUAAUCUUGAAUGGUAUAAGGACUCUGUCCCCAUCAGCAAGCUCCAAAAUUCUCGUUAUAAAUUACUAGUGAGUGGAGGUCUACGAAUCCAAAAACUGCAUCCCAAUGACUCUGGUAUUUUUCAAUGUUUUGCAAGAAAUGAAGGUGGGGAAAUAGAGACACACACAUACCUGGAUGUAACUAAUAUUGCCCCAACAUUUACUCAGCGUCCAAUGGAUACCACUGUUACAGAUGGAAUGACAGCAGUGCUCACCUGUGAAGUUUCAGGAGCUCCAAAACCUGCUAUCACAUGGAAAAGAGGGAAACAGAUUUUGGCCAGUGGCUCUGUUCAGAUUCCUAGAUUUAUUCUUCUGGAAUCUGGAGGCCUGCAGAUAACCCCCGUCUUUCUCCAGGAUGCUGGAAACUACACGUGCUAUGCAGUCAACUCUGAAGGAUCUCUAAAUGCAUUUGCCAUGCUGACUGUGUGGAAUCGUACUUUUAUUGUCUACCCUCCUGAAGAUCGAAUUGUUAUUAAGGGAACUACAGCCACUCUGCACUGUGGAGCAAUUCAUGAUCCUAGAAUUCCUAUCAGAUAUGUUUGGAAGAAGGACAACAUCAUUAUAAAUACAGCUACAAGUUCUAGAAUUGUGGUAGAAAAAGAUGGUUCCCUUCUUAUUAGUCAGACGUGGUCAGGUGACAUUGGUGACUAUACCUGUGAGGUUAUUUCUGAUGGAGGAAAUGAUUCAAGAAUAGCUCGAUUGGAAGUGAUUGAACUGCCCCAUUCACCGCAAAACCUCUUGGCUAGCCUGAAUUCUUCCCAUAGCCGUACUGUGAUGCUCUCCUGGGUUCGACCCUUUGAUGGAAACAGUCCUGUGCUUUAUUACAUCGUGGAGCUGUCUGAGAACAAUUCUCCAUGGAAAGUGCAUUUAUCUAAUGUUGAUCCAGAGAUGACUAGUGUCUCUGUCAGUGGUCUCACCCCAGCUCGUACCUACCAGUUCAGAGUGUGUGCUGUCAAUCAGGUGGGCAAGGGCCAACACAGUGCCGAAACAAGCAGACUAAUGUUACCUGAAGAACCUCCUAGUGCCCCCCCUAAAAACAUAGUGGCUAGUGGGCGUACCAAUCAAUCCAUCAUGGUCCAGUGGCAGCCACCCCCUGAAACUGAACAUAAUGGCGUUCUCCAUGGCUACAUUCUCAGGUAUCGUUUGGCAGGCCUACCUGGUGAGUAUCAGCACAGGAACAUUACCAGCCCGGAGAUUAACUAUUGCCUGGUAAAAGACUUGAUCAUUUGGACCCAAUAUGAAAUUCAAGUGGCAGCUUAUAAUGGAGCUGGUCUGGGAACAUUCAGCAGAGCAGUUACAGAAUAUACAUUACAAGGAGUCCCCACAGCUCCCCCACAGAAUGUGCAAACAGAAGCUCUGAACUCCACCACUAUCCAGUUCCUGUGGAACCCUCCUCCUCAGCAGUUCAUCAAUGGCAUCAAUCAGGGUUACAAGCUCUUAGCAUGGCCAGUGGAUGUUCCAGAGGCUCUGAUCACAGUCACUAUUGCUCCUGACUUCCAUGGUAUCCAUCAUGGGUACAUAACUAACUUGAAGAAAUUUACUGCUUACUACACAUCAGUUCUAUGUUUCACCACACCAGGGGAUGGUCCUCGGAGCCCACCCCAACUCAUCUGGACUCAUGAAGACAAGCCUGGAGCUGUGGGACACCUGAGUUUCACCGAGAUUCUGGACACGUCUCUCAAGGUCAGCUGGCAGGAACCUGUGGAGAAAAAUGGCAUUAUUACAGGUUAUCAAAUUUCCUGGGAGGUAUACAGUAGAAAUGACUCUCGUCUUACACUUACUUUAAAUAAUACAACCCAUGAAUAUAAAAUUAAAGGAUUAUCAUCUCUUACCACCUAUACCAUUGAAGUGGCAGCUGUCACAGCAACAGGGAUUGGACUGGUAACCUCAUCUACAAUUUCUUCUGGAGUUCCACCAGAACUUCCUGGAGCCCCUUCCAAUCUGGUGAUUUCCAAUAUCAGUCCACGAUCAGCAACACUUCAGUUCCGGCCUGGUUAUGAUGGGAAAACCUCUAUCUCCAGAUGGAUAGUAGAAGGACAGAUUGGUGCAAUAGGUGAUGAGGAGGAGUGGAGCUGUCUCUAUGAAGAAGAGAAUGAGCCUGAUGCCCAAAUGUUGGAGAUCCCAAACCUCACUCCCUACACGCAUUACAGGUUUAGGAUGAGACAAGUAAAUAUUGUUGGCUCCAGUCCUUUCAGUCCAUCAUCUCGUGUCAUCCAGACUUUGCAGGCCCCACCUGAUGUAGCCCCUGCAAGUAUAACAGUUCGAACAGCAAGUGAGACCAGUCUAUGGCUCCGAUGGGUGCCACUCCCUGAUUCACAGUAUAAUGGCAAUCCUGAAUCUGUGGGCUAUAGGAUUAAAUAUUGGCGAACUGAACUUCAGUCUUCAAUAAUGGUACAAGUAAUCCAUGACAGAUUGGAGAGAGAAUACACCAUUGAAGAGCUGGAAGAAUGGACUGAAUAUGAGUUACAGAUGCAGGCAUUUAAUGCCAUUGGAGCAGGACCUUGGAGUGAAGUGGUGAGAGGUCGGACUCGUGAGUCUGUUCCAUCAGCUGCUCCUGAAAAUGUGUCUGUUGAGGCUGUAAGCUCCACUCAGAUCUUAUUGACAUGGGCUUCUGUACCUGACCAAGACCAGAAUGGACUCAUAUUGGGUUAUAAGAUUCUAUUCAAGGCCAAAAAUUUGGACUCCGAACCCAAAACCCAUGUAGUAAGAGGAAACCACACACAGUCCGUUCUCCUGGCAGGCUUGCGGAAGUAUGUGCUCUAUGAGCUCCAGGUGCUGGCAUUCACCCGCAUUGGAAAUGGAGUCCCAAGCUCUCCUCCCAUUUUAGAGCGAACAAAAGAUGAUGCUCCAGGUCCACCUGUGAGACUUGUGUUUCCUGAAGUGAGGCUGACCUCAGUGAGGAUUGUGUGGCAACCACCAGAGGAACCGAAUGGGAUUAUUCUGGGAUAUCAGAUUGCAUAUCGUCUUGCUACCAGCAAUCCCAACAAGUUUACCACUGUUGAAGUUGGCUCUACUGUUAGGCAGUUCACUGCUACAGAUCUCACUCCGGAGUCAGCAUAUAUCUUCAGAGCAUCCGCAAAGACAAGACAGGGAUGGGGGGAACCUUUAGAAGCCACAGUCAUCACAACUGAAAAGAGAGAUCGUCCAGCACCACCCAGACAUCUUCUGAUUCCCCAGUCAGAAGUGACCUCUAGGAGCCUACAGCUUCAGUGGGUCCCCGGCAGUGAUGGGUCGUCCCCAAUACGGUAUUUCACAGUGCAGAUCCGGGAGCUACCGGGAGGAGAGUGGCAAACGUACUCUUCAUCCAUCAGCCACGAAGCUACGGCUUAUGUUAUUGAAAGAUUGAAUCCCUUCACUUCCUACAAACUUCGUCUGAAAGCAACCAACGAUAUUGGAGACAGUGACUUCAGUGCUGAGACAGAGCCAGUAACUACACUGCAAGAUGUUCCUGGAGAACCUCCAAGUUGUGUUUCGGUAACUCCUCAUACCACUUCUUCUGUCCUGGUCCAAUGGCAGCCACCAAGGGAUGAGAGUCUGAAUGGCCUUCUUGUGGGAUACCGAAUCUAUUAUCGGGAGCUGGAAUAUGAAGCUGGACCUGGAACAGAAUCCAAGACUGUCAAAAAUCCUUCAGCUCUUAGAGCAGAACUCACACCCCAAAGCAGCUUCAAGACAGUGAACAGCAGCUCUACGUUAACAACGUAUGAAUUAACACAUUUGAAGAAAUAUAAACGCUAUGAAGUGAUAAUGACUGCAUAUAAUAUCAUUGGGGAGAGCCCAGCUAGUGCUCCUGUGGAAGUCUUUGUAGGAGAAGCUGCACCAGCAAUGGCUCCACAGAACAUACAAGUGAACCCUCUCACAGCAAGUCAGCUGGAAGUCACGUGGGACCCACCUCCUGUGGAAAGUCAAAAUGGGAUUAUACAAGGAUACAAGAUUUAUUACUGGGAGGCAGGCAGUCGGAACGAAACAGAAAACAUGAAGGUCCUUUUCCUCCCAGAAACCAUGGUCAGGCUGAAAAACCUGACCAGUCACACAAAAUACCUGGUCAGCAUAUCUGCCUUCAAUGCAGCUGGAGAUGGGCCCAAGAGUGAACCCAGACAGGGGAGAACACAGCAAGCUGCACCAGGUGCUCCCAGUUUUUUGGCAUUCUCAGAAAUAACUUCUACUACUCUUAACAUUUCGUGGGGAGAGCCAGUGGCAGCAAAUGGGAUCCUACAAGGUUAUCGAGUGGUUUAUGAGCCCUUAGCACCUGUCCAAGGGGUAAGCAAAGUGGUGACCGUGGACAUUAAAGGAAAUUGGCAGCGCUGGUUGAAGGUGAGGGAUCUUACUAAAGGAGUAACCUACUUCUUCCGAGUGCAGGCCCGCACCAUCGCCUAUGGCCCGGGACUGCAGGCCAACGUCACAGCUGGCCCGGCGGAGGGAUCUCCUGGUUCUCCUCGAGAUGUUUUGGUUUCAAAAUCAGCUUCUGAACUAACUCUCCAAUGGAUGGAGGGAAAUUCUGGAGACAAACCUACAACGGGCUACAUCAUAGAGGCAAGACCUUCAGAUGAAGGCCUAUGGGAUAUGUUUGUGAAGGAUAUCCCCCGAAGCGCUACAUCCUACACUGUUAGUUUGGACAAACUCCGGCAGGGGGUGACCUAUGAAUUCCGAGUGGUGGCAGUGAAUGAUUUUGGCUAUGGAGAACCUAGCAGUCCUUCUGUAGCUGUAUCAGCCCAAUCAGAAACUCCAUUCUAUGAGGAGUGGUGGUUUCUUCUGGUGAUGGCCCUUUCAAGUCUGAUACUCAUCCUGCUCAUUGUGUUUGCCUUGGUCUUGCAUGGACAGAAUAAGAAAUACAGGAACUGCAGCACAGGAAAAAGCAUCUCCAAUAUGGAGGAAUCAGUGACCUUGGAUAACGGAGGGUUUGCUGCUCUUGAGCUAAACAGCCGCCAUCUCAAUGUCAAGAGCACUUUCUCCAAGAAGAAUGGCACCAGAUCCCCUCCUCGACCAAGUCCUGGUGGGCUACAUUAUUCUGAUGAGGACAUCUGCAACAAGUACAAUGGAGCAGUGCUAACUGAGAGUGUGAAUCUGAAGGAGAAAUCUGUAGAUGCGUCUGAAUCUGAGGCCACAGACUCCGAUUAUGAAGAUGAACUGCCAAAGCAUUCCUUUGUUAACCAUUACAUGAGCGACCCUACCUACUAUAAUUCCUGGAAGCGCCAGCCCAAGGGGGUGAAGCACCCGGCCGCCUACAGGUAUGAGGAGUGUGCGGCCGGCGAGAGCGAGCCCUACUUCCAGACUGUCAUCACCACACAGAGUGCGGGGGGCGUGUACACCCCGGCCGGACAGCAGGCCCCGGGCUCUCGGACUCCCGUCACGGGCUUCUCCUCGUUUGUCUGACGCUCUCCGGGCCACAGCACAGUGGGAACUCCCGCCGACAUUGGGGUGACCCAGCGUGACAUCAGGGUGGGUGGCUGGGGCAGUGAACCGUGGGUACAGUUCUCUAUCAGGGUAGAAUGGAUGCGAACAUUCAUAAGUCUAUUUUUUUGAAGACAAUCAACUCCGACAACAGAGCUGAAGUUUUGUUUAAAAACAAUUUCUGAUAAGUGACAACUUUAACCACUUGUGAACAGUAGGGUUUCAGUUGGAAGUUUUUGUUCUUUUUUUUUUUUUUUUUUUUUUUUUUUAUCCUUUUUGUAACAACCACUGCAAGAAGCAGCUGCCCUUUCCUUUCCUUUUCCCUUUUCUUUUCUUUUUAAGAGAAGGUGUAUUUCAUCGGUGCGGGGGCAUGGCGCCUUUGAGACUUCAAAAGAUUUCAAAACGUUCCAUUUCUCUAUCUUAAAGGCCAGGUAGGAAUGAUGGAGGAUGAAAGCAGGAUGGAGCUGUGUGUGAAAUAUUAGGACGGACUCCUAGCCUACCACUUUCUCCUUUCUACCUCCUCUGUAGGAGAAACAGCUGGUUCACAUGAUUCUCAGUGGUAUAACAACCUUGGUUCACUCUUGGUGUUUUGAUAAUGAAUAUUCUCCCUGUGCUCAGUCCUGACAUCCCCUCCCCUCACCCCAGCUCCAAUCCAUUCCUAAAAUACUUCUACUUGGCAGUUUUGAGCAGAGAAAAAUGUUCUUGGCACGAGAUGAUACAAUUGGAAAGUCAUUCCAAGGUGGUAUCAUUUUGGGCCUGUUGUGGGUCAGGUCCUUCCCUGUGUGGUUCAUCCCACUGGUAAUUUAACAAACAAGUAAACAAAGGCCAGGUGGUACAGGAAGGAUGACCUCAGGUUGGCUGGCAAUGGCCCAAUCACGGGAGCUUGAGAAACUGCUUCCAUCCCAUAGAGGCAAAAGGUACACAGCCUUCCCUUGCUAAACCAGGCAGAAAGACAACAUUUUCAGAAUUGCCUGACGCUUGAGGAGGAGGAUUCCAAGAGGGUUUUUUAAAAACCAUUUUAAAAAAUAUAUAUGUCACACUAAAUGAGUGAGUCUUUGGUGUUUCCAGGUGCCUUUUUCUUAAUUGUUCAGCUUUGUACAUGGAAAAGCUAGUGUGUCUCCAAAUAAAGCAAAACAGCUUUUGAAAAAAAGCAAGGUUGUGAAUUACCUCCUGCACAUUUUAAGGCUCCUUUGGUGCACUCCGGCUCCAACUCUUGUUGUUGGGUUUUUUAUUUUUAACCACGAAUUUGUUUUUCAUUUGUUUUAUAUUCUCUGCCUUCUUGACCUCUGAAGCUAUUGUCAGUUCCUCAAAGAACAAAGGUUGGCUCUCAACCUACGAAGGAUGGUUAUUGAGUUUGGGGGGAUUCUGAGGGGGGGGAGGUUGUAUGUUUUUCCUUUUAUUAUUGAUGUUGUGGUUGAUUCCCCACCAACCCCAGCUGUUGGAGCUACUAGAAAAAUAUCCUAGAGUAGGAUCCAAUCAAUUUGUUUUUGCUACAGGUGUCUGAAAACCAUAGAACUAUCCACUGGCUUGUUGGUUUCUAUCCUAGGGGCUAGGCUAGCUAUGGGGCUAGCUUUAAUAUUGUCAUUUCCUGCAAGUGAGCGGAGUGUGUGUGUGUGUGUGUGUGUGUGUGCGUGCACGCGCGCACAUGGGAGUAUGUGCAAGUAUGACCCUCUUUGGCCACUGAGCACCAGUAAGGUUAGAACUGCCUGGGCUCCUAGAAAUCCCCUCGAGAAGGACCAGGAAUCAAGACAUCUUCUGCAGGUUGUCAGCAUCUCUUGAGGGCAGAUGCAGAACUGAUGAGAAAGCUCUUAUUCACCAGUCACAUAACACUGCUCUGCCUUGAGGACACAAGGAAUAACUGGACAGUAAUCUGGCACUACCAGGGAUCAGUUCUUCUAAACCCCAAGGUGGAAAACUUGUGGUUUGUCAUCUCUUCUUUGUCUCCCUGGAGCAGGAGGGGCUACCUUCCUAAAUGAAGGUUUUGACCCUCAGGAUUGGCCAUCAAUUGCUGUAGAAAGUGCUGAUUAGGAAAGAAAAUUCUUGGGUUGGGUAGAAGAGAGAGGGCGUGGGGAAGGGAAAGAAACACUUUGAAGAGAAAGUUUUGGGAGCUAUGGAGGAAAAAAAAAAAUCUAAACUCUAAACCAAAAAUCCUAGAAGGUCCGUCCAAAGGCUUUUCAGCAUGAGAUAACUACCCACAGUUCACUGUCCAGAAAAUUACUCAGAAGUCAUGAGCUGUGUGGUCCUGGGUUCUUUCUGACCCACAGGUGACCACAAGACAACCACAAGACAAACAACUUGAAAUUCUUUUGAAGAUGAAUACAUAGAGAACAUGGACAAAAACACUGCCUUUUGCGCACUUUGACUGCUCUCUUAAGCCAUACGGACAUUGCUUUAAUUAACGAACUAAAAAAAAAGUUUGAAAUGUCUUAGUUUGGAAAUGAUUUGGUUGGAUUUUUUUAAAAAAUCAAUUCAGUGAAAAUAAUAUAACAGGGUUUUUUUUGGAAUUCAUGGUAUUUCUUGUAUCAUCUAUUUUUAGUAAACUUUUUUUUUUUUUGUAUAGAAUUGUUUGUACAAUGUAGCUGCCUUGGCGCUGUGAUCACUGUCAGGAUAUUAGUAUCUGCACAUGACUUAACCACUUUGGGGGACCAUGGACUUGAAACAGAUUUUAUGCCCAAUGGAUAGAUCAACCCCAACUUAGGAUAGAACUUCCUAGAGCAAUGUAGUCACUAGGAAGUAACCACACUCAUCUGUAUAGAAAAGCAGAAAAUGAUUGUCAUCCAAGAGGGAUGGAUGGUGGAUUUAAUGCUUUCCUCUAAAAGAAGAAAGGAACUUUAUAGAUGAAAAUUGAGGAAAUGUCUCCUUACAUUCUGAUGUAAAGUUAGAAAACAUCUUGUUUGUCAGUAGAAAUGAACUCUCCCUAGUAAAGAUCUUAAAUGAACUUAUUUUAGGAUUUGUUAACAUCCAAUAGGGUAUGUCCUUUGUACAUGAAGAUUAUGUUCCUCACCCUCAAGAGGACAUACACUCUUAGCUGUUUUUCUAGGAAUGGAGAUACUUAUUCACUCAUCCAUCUGUACUUUCCCACCUGGUUCCCCUUAUUUGAUGCAGGUUUGCCUGAUAGAUAGCUAGAGUUAGAAGUGUUAUCCAGGACCACAAAAGAAUUUUGUAGCACCAAGUUUUUUUGGUGCCCUUAGAGAGUGAACACGUGACCUUGGUCCCUAGCACUGUUUUCAAGUCAAUUGAGCUAAAUAAAGCAAACAGUUCCACCCCUUCCUUCAGCUUAUCUGAUCUCCCUGUCUUUAAAAAAAAAUCUAUUCAAUGUCAUAUCAAAAAAAUAUGGUAUGGUGGGCAAUCCAGGAAUCUAGUCCCAAGAACUAAUGAACAAAAGAGGCUUGUGAAAGCACACUGCCCACCUAGAUGCCACAAGAUAUGUGUGCUACUUCGUAAACUUUUUUAUUGCUGUGCUUGUAUUUGGCUAUGAUCGGACCGUAGCAUGGUUUUUGCAUCAAUGAUUUGUAGCAUGAUUUUCAUUUCUUAAAAUUUUUUAGCACACAAUGUAAUUAUUCUCCCAACUUACAAUCCAUGUAUUUAAAUGUGGUUCUUCAUUAACUAACACCUCAUCUCUGUAGUGUGAACUGGGUCAAAAGGUGGGAACAAUGUAAAGCUGUUCAGCUGAGUUAGUCAGCUCCAAAGAUAAAUAGUUGAGUUACUUUUCAUUCCUGGGCCUACCAUGUAUCUCCCAUCCUCUCUCCAUUUCAUGAAUAGUUUGAAAUCAAUCUGGAAAUUAAGAGAGAAAUUUAUAAAGGUUUCCCUGCAGUGUUCCCUGUGGUUGUGCAGAAAACCAGAUCUCAUUUUAAAAAAAAAAACACACACGCAAACAAAACACUCCAAAAAAAAUCUAUAGGAAGACAGAGAGGUGCUUUGGGUACAAUUUUAAUAAAAUUUGUUUUUCCUUAAA